UUACGACAAAACUUUUUUUCGAGUAAGAAAUUUUUUAAAAAUUUUUUAAAAUUAAAAUAAUUGCUUGCAAUAUGGCCAUACCUUUCUACGAGCCACGUCAGCAAGCAGCAAGUGAGUGCGAUCAAGUUGAUGGUCAUUUUCCGCCAGCGCCCAGCAGUCCAGCCAUACCAUUGCCGACGGCAAAUUUUCAAAGUGCUGCAAAUGCCAAUCAAACGCCGCCGGUCGCAAGGUCUUGCACCACAACAGCAAAUAUGUCUACAGCGACGGUUAGUUUAAGUGCAUCUACAGCUACACGAACUCCGUCUACAGUUUCAAGAACUUCUACAAUUACAACUGCUCAAGUUACAAAUUCCAGCAUAACAGCCAACACUUCUGGCUCAUCGACGCAUGUCUCAGCUGACCCUUCGAACUCCACAACCGCAUUUACAAUUCCUUCAGAUAAUCAUCCAAUUUCGGCCGCUUCCUUUUCGCCUAAUUCAGCCAACACGGAAACUACUCAAACUACAUUUUCGACUGCUGCAUCCUCAACGUCGCCGGAGCCUCUACCUUGGAAGCUACUUGCUGUAUCCAUGUGUAAAGCUUUAAAACAAUAUUAUGAACAAACAAAUUCACCAGAUGUAUUCACCACAGCCAUUAUUGAAAUAUUGCCAACUGGCUCACCAACGCAGUCCUCAGCCGCCGGCAAUUAGACAGUCGCUCUUAUUUUAUGAAGAAGUUACUAAAAUUUUUGGUUCCUGGUAAAAAGAAUGCAAAUAUAUUAGAGACGUCCAGUGUAGGAGUCAUAUGUGUUAAAGCUCCGAUAAAGCGCUAAUGUGAUUAUGAGCAACUCCGACGGUGUGAUGAAUUUCCAAAAUCUUUGUAAGGCCGACGGCAGAUGCAUACUUAACGGCGUUUGGCGACGGUAUUUUAAUGGAGAUGAAAAUUGUAUUGCAAUAAUGUGUGUGAGAGAUAAGCGUAAUUGUGAUAGCGUUUGUAAUUUAAGUCAACAAGUCAGUUUCAUAGAUUUAGCCCAAAAUAAG